GUAAUGGCCUGUUUCUUUUGUUACAGAUCCAAAAGAGUCACAAUGGAGGAAAGGUUUUUAAGAUUGCUCCUCGUAUUGAGCUUGGCUGCGGUAACAUUUGCCGGUGAUUUCACAUCCAACUGUCCACAAGAAUGCAAAUGUGUCUGGGCUAGCGGUAAUAAACAAGCUGACUGUUCUAAAUCCCACUUCGAAGAAAUCCCAAAAACUCUUAGCUCGGACAUACAAAAUCUAGAUCUCUCAAACAACGAAUUAUAUGAAAUAACGAGGUACGCUUUCGAAGAUGCCCGAUUGAUUAAUCUCAAGAAACUCAUUUUGAGAGAAUGCAAUUUGAAAACGAUCCAUAAAAACGGUUUGAGUGGACUCGCAAUCAUGAUCGAAUUGGAUUUAUCGAAAAACGAAUUGAAAACAUUACAUUCCGAAACUUUUAAUGAAACUACGAAAAUAAGAUGGAUAUUGUUGAACGACAACCAGCUGGAGAAAUUAGAGGACGGACUAUUCAAAAAUCUGAAGUUUUUACAAAAAGUGGAACUGAGUAACAAUCGUAUUGUCCAGAUAGAGAUGAAAGCUUUCGUCAAUGUGCCGAAAUUGAAUACGUUGAGUUUGGAUGGCAAUAGACUGGAACGGCUAAAAAUGGAUACUUUAUCUGCUUUGACAUCUCUAUCUAACUUAGACGUGCACGAUAACCCUUGGAGGUGCGAUUGCUAUCUACAACCUUUUAGAAACUGGGUUAUCAGCAAGCAUCUGUACACUUCACCCAUAUCUUGCACUGAACCAGCUAAAGUGCAUGGGAAAAUGUGGAAAGAAUUAGAUUCUAGUGAUUUCGCUUGCCGUCCUAGCAUCGUAUAUCCCUCCACCAGUACAACACUUCGUUCUGCCGAUAGUAACAUUACUCUAUCGUGUCAAGUUAACGGGAAUCCUCUUCCAGACGUCAACUGGGUCUUGAGCUCCCAAAUCAUUGAUGGCUCUUAUAAAUAUCAAGGCGAACUCAAAUACCACUUAUCUGAGAGUAAUUAUGAAAAUAGUAAAUGGGUUAAUUUGACUAUUAUUGAUGCCGGUACCACCGAUAAUGGAGAGUAUUUGUGUGUUGCUAAAAACCCUGGCGGAGUUGAAGAGAGGAACGUAACAUUAGUAGUUAUGCAUCCUGCUAUACAUGAUCCUGUAAUUCCAACUGGAAUGGACAAUAAUAUGUUACCAGUUCUAAUAGGAGUGUCGUGUACAGCGGCAAUAUUGUUAAUAAUUCUAGUCAUUUUAUGUUACUGUUGUUGUAAAAGACGAGGCUCGGACAAGAUGAAAGCUGAUGCAUCAAAUGGAGAAGCCCUUAUAGAAGGAUCUGUUAUACCAGAAAUGGAGAAAAGCUUGAUAACCGCAGUCAACCCGGUGACAAAACCACCCAGACGAUAUGACGCACUCCCAUCUAUAACCAGUGGUGCCACUGAGAUGUCGGAAUUAAAUAAGACAUUGCUGGACAAUGAUUCUGUAUUCGCGCACAACGAUGAUGAAAAACGAUCUUUAGACUUCGAACAUCCAUCAAAACGAUCUCAAGACGCACUGCAUGUUGAAUAUGGACGGACUCCAGAUUUAUUGAUCUCAUUUCCACCAAGGGCGACACAAAUCUCUCCCGCAGCGAGUAACGCGUCCACUGUACCUGACACCACAAGGUUACCAGCUCAACUAAACCCAGUCAGUCCAAUACAUUCACCGCUACAACCUAUCUAUGGAAUAACUAAUAACCAAAACUUCAGAACUCUUCCAUAUUCACGUUCGCAGUCUCCAUUCAUUGCGCCUAUUACCCCUCCGGUAAUAACACCCCGACAAGGUUAUGUGACUAUCCCAAGGAGACCAAGGGUUCCCAGUUGGUCUAGCACAGCUAGCACUCAAAUACUUCCUAGCACAGAGGCACAAGAACCCUUAUAUGAUAACCUUGGAUUAAGAACGACAGUUGAUGGGAGUUCUGUACUAUCCCUGAACAAGGCCGGAUUAGAAGGGCAAUUUUCACCUAUGCGAAAUAGACCACUGCCAGCUACGCCUACUGCAUAUUCUACUCCGCACCAAGUGUACUACGCUCCUAUAGAAGAGCAAGAACCAUCGCCAUCACCCGUACAUCAGUACAUGACCAAUCCUAGAAACAGCAUUGCAUCUCAAUUAUCUAAUCAGGUCGCUACCCCAGCUCCGCAAGAACCUAUUAGUCCACGGAUGAGUUGGACAGCCAAAAAUACUUCAACACCGCAUACCGAGCCGAGAAAAGCUUUAUUCUGCACAGGAUCUGAUACUCAAUCACAUGUGUCUGACAGUAGCACGUUAAGCAGGCGAGGAAAACCUGAGACGGGAUCAUUGAGGAGAAAUCCGAAAACGGAGAAUGGAGAACCAAAAACUUCGCCCAUUAAAGGUUUUCCGAUCAAAGAGGAUACGAUGAAAAAUGAUGCAAAUGUGUCUCUAAAUCAGUCAGGUACGUUAGGGCGUAGUGGAAAGAUACCACCCAGGCCUCCACCAAAGCCGAAGAAAAAACCAGCGACCGAGGUCAACUCCAGCGAACCUCUGUUUGAAGAUGAAGGCGAGGAUGGUACGGAGGUUUAGUAUUAAAUGCUAGAAUCGAAACUUUGAGGUUACGGAUAACCAAAGUGCCAAGCUUGAAGUUAUGUCUCAAACAGUGAUAUCAGUGAACUAAGACGAUGUGCAAUCGAAAUACUAUUUCUCUUUGCGGUGUUCGUGUAAAUAUCGGUCGUGCUAGAUUUUAUACCUAUUGCGUACAAUUAGAAUCCCAUGGACCAUUUUUAAGAGUUUUAUGUAAACGUUUAUUGUAAUUAGCGGACCUACAUAAUUAGUUAACACGACAAUGUACACUUGACUUUCAUGUUUUAAGUAUUUAUUAUAAUUAUGUGGUUAUUAUUUUAAGUUUUUUUUAAGUAUAAUGCAAUUUGAAAGGGCUUUUCACUUGCCAUUCGUUCUGCAGUGUUCAAGACUGAUUGUUCAAAAUUUGACAGUAUGAUUUGACAUUCCCUUAUGAUCGAUCGGAUGAGACCGGUUCCAGUAAAACUUUUCAUAGUUUUGCUAGAAUGAGUUCACUAAAGCUAGAAUAUUUGUGGAAGACUGAUAUAUGAUCGUUAGUCGCUUUAAGACUAUUGAUUAUGUCAAUAGUCAUUUAAGCGUGUUAAGUUGGUAUUCGUUAUAUCUAAUCUUCAUCGUUCUUUUGUUCUUCAUUCAUUCGUUGUCUGUACACGGUGCAUUAGUGUUUAUGUUAUAUCUACCAAUGAAAAUUCAGUUCUUUGUUUAUAUUUAAGCAGUACAUAUAGUUUUUUAAAGCUUACCCUAAUUAUUUGAAAAGAAAAUCUCUGAGGAUAUGUGUAAAACUGUAUUAUAGGGUAAAACAGUCUAGUAAAGAUUUUGUAUAA